AAUGUAAAGGGAAAUGCAGGGGAGACGACCUCCAAAUCUGGUGGCGGAAGUCGAAGGUGAAAGUGAAGGUGAAGGUGGAGGUGAAGAUGAAAUCGAAGACGAAACGAAGGUGAAGAUGAAGGUGAAGAUGAAGGUUAAGGUGAAAGAGAAGAUGAAGGUGAAGGUGAAGGUGAAAGCGAAGAUCAAGGUGAAGGUGAAGGUGAAGAUUAAGUUGAAGGUGAAGGUUAAAAUCAAAGUAAAGGUGAAAUCGAAGAUGGAGGUGAAGGUGAAGAUCAAAGUGAGGGUGAAAUUGAAGAUGGAGGUGAAGGUCAACCAGAAGUUUUGUAAGAAAUACCAAGAGUUUGUCGUCUGCCGCGACAGGACAGUCCUGUAGUAUGUUCGCCCUACUGAGCGAAGUUUUUUCUGUUAUUUUUUUUCCUGUCGUUCCCGAGAAAAUUAAUGUUUUCUUGGUUCUGCCAUUUUUGUGGUUGAAGUUCACAUGAAAGACAUUCAUUUCGCGAAAAAAAAAUCACGUAGCUCCUACAUGUAGAUUGCGUUUUGCAGACAUGCGCAAACAAAACGUAGAUUCUCAUGUAAACUGAAUAUUAGAUAUGACGACAACUGUUUAACAAUUAUUGCUUUAUUAUCGUAUAAGCUGUCUGAUCCUAGACAAUAAUGGUCUAACUAUUACUUUUAGAAUUCAUUCAUGUAUCAUGUAUUUGGUUUGCAUUUUCUUUUAUCUAUUUCGUUCUAUUUAUUUGUUUAUUUAUUUAUUUAUUUAUCUGUUUAUUUAUUUAUUUAUUUAUUUAAGGCGGUGGAGGAAGAGGGGGGGGGGUGCAUAUAACAAGUGUGCAUAUCAUAAGGACUGUCUUAUCUUUCUAAUUUUCCCUUUCGACCUCAUUAUUUUAUCUGUUUCCUGGGACGUUGGAAUCAGGCGCUCACCAAUGUUUUCUUGAUGCAUGUAUGGAGGUACUUGUAUAAUCAUUAAGCUUGUUCAUUUGUUUAAUUUUUUAGAAAAAAUAUGGUCCAUUUAUCUUAAAUAUAAGUGGAGACAUCUUCGAUUGAAGGUGUUGGGGUAACCUUGUUUUAAAGGUAUAAUUUCUAAGAUAAUCUCCGCCAAUAUUUAGUGACUUUCAAAGUUUGAGUAUCCUUGAAAGCUGCAAAUUUAUCUUUUGUGUGCCCUUGAUCAAUGAUUUUCCCUAUAAUCCAUAUAGAAAUGUGAUACUGAAUCGACUAUAGGAAGUGUUUACACCCCCCCCCCCCCUUUCGAAAAA